CCAAUAAUGUACUUUAGGAGAGAGAAGAGACAGAGACCCGGCAUUUCACAUAGAUUUCUAAUUUUAAUUAUCAUCAAAAACAUUAAAAACCUCUGACCCUCUUCUUCUUCCUCAAAACCCACCACCAUUUCCCCACAAAUUCAACGUUCCAUUUUUUUUCCAACCUUCUUGCUUUAAAUUUUAGAUUAUCUGAAUUUUCUUCCACUUUUCUCAUCUGGGUUAAUUUGAUUUAUUCUCCAAAAUUUCCCGUUUUAUUUGGUUGAUGUGAUUUUUUAAUGGGGUGUGUUUCGAGUAAAACAGCUGAUUCUAAAGCCAAUAGAAUCGCUCGAUGGCGUUCUACUGGCAUUGUUGCUAUGCGUGACUCUAAAUUGAAGAUAUUUCCAGAUGAAGUUCUUGACCUUGACAGAGUCGUACGCACGGUGGACCUAACACACAAUAAGAUAGUUGAUGUUCCAGUUGAAAUCAACAAAUUGAUCAACAUGCAGCGUCUGAUAUUAGCAGAGAAUCUUAUUGAACGCCUUCCAAUGAACAUGGGGAAACUUCAGUCACUGAAAGUGAUGACACUUGACGGGAAUCGCCUUUCUGGCUUGCCUGAUGAAUUGGGUCAACUGGUACGGCUUGAGCAAUUGUCGGUAUCUCGGAAUGUGUUGACAUACUUACCGGAGACUUUAGGGAGUCUUAGGAAUUUAAAGCUCUUAAAUGCAUCAAAUAACCAAUUGAAUUCGUUUCCCGAAUCAAUUGGAAGUUGUUUUUCACUUGAGGAGCUUCAAGCAAAUGAUAAUUCCAUCGAGGAUCUUCCUCCUUCAGUGUGUAAUCUCAUUCACCUGAAGUCACUUUCUUUGAAUAACAACAAAGUUAAACAGAUGCCUGCAACUAUACUCAGAGACUGCAAAGCUCUGCAGAGUAUUUCCCUGCACAACAACCCCAUUUCCAUGGAACAGUUUCAACAGAUGGACAGCUAUCAAGAAUUUGAGGCACGGCGGAGAAAGAAGUUUGACAAACAAAUUGACUCAAAUGUGAUGAUGAACUCGAAGGGUUUGGAAGAGGGUGUUGAUAUGUAAUCCUAUGCAUCGUAGACUGUUUCAUGAAUUAUUGGUUAAGAAGUUAAGCUCUGCACCUUUGGGGCAAAGAUGAUUACUCGAAUGUCUUAGAUUGUAUUUCUUCAGCUGCAUGCAGCCCAUUGCAAGCAGCCACUGUGCCUCCUAUUCAACUUCAAAUGUCAUGGUGAAAAUGGCUCCUGUAAAUGAAUUUUUUUGGGGGUAAUCGAUUUUUAAGGGAAUUGAAUUUUUUGUCCUGGGUUUUCCAAGUUGUGCAGGUUUGUUCGUUUGUAUAUAGGGAAAGGUACCUUCCAUAUUGUUAAAAGAGAAUUUGCGGCCACAGGACGCUUGAUAUGUUUGAGUUUGCAAACUGUAUGUUAUGUUUUGCUAAGUAUUUAUACAAGUUUUUGUUGGUCUUCUUUGCA